AAGGUUGCCAAAGGACAGACGGAAGAUGGGAGGCCGCAUCUGGUUCGCAAUGUUGCUGCUGGCAAUUGGGGCUCAAGGGCUGAUGCGGAUCCCCUUGCAGAAAUACCCAUCCGUCCGGGACAGGUUCGGCCGUACAGGCCUCCCCAUUGCUGAGAUGUUAAGGCGAGGAGGGUUCCGGAGUGCGAAGCCCCCGGCGACCACAUCCGUCACCAGCCAGCGGCUCCACAACUACAUGGACGCGCAGUACUAUGGAGAGGUCUGCAUUGGAACCCCCAAUCAGUGCUUCAACGUUAUCUUCGAUACUGGCUCGUCCAAUCUGUGGGUGCCCUCCUCCAAAUGUUGCCUGUUGCAUCUGGCAUGCUGGGUUCACAGCCACUACCACUCCUGGUUUUCACGCACCCACAAGGACAAUGAUGGCAAAUUUGAAAUUCACUACGGAAGUGGCAGCCUCAAAGGAUUCUUGAGCGAGGACAUCCUUAGAAUUGGCAACAUCACCGUUCAGAACCAGACAUUUGCUGAGGCUACGGAUUUGCCAGGGCUGGUUUUCGUUGCUGCGAAAUUUGACGGUAUCAUGGGACUGGGUUAUCCCAGCAUUUCGGUGAACAACAUCACCCCACCUUUCGAUAACAUGAUGAAGGAGAAGCUCCUUAAGGAGAACGUCUUCUCAUUUCAUCUCUGCAACUCUAACGGCGACACAGAAAGAAGUGGCGGCGAAGUUGUUUUUGGAGGGAUCAACCACGAUGCCUAUGAGGGGAGCCUGAACUACAUCCCGGUGUCACGCAAGGCCUACUGGCAGAUCAAGGUGGACAAGAUAACUGUGGGCGGCAACCCCAAGGACAAAUCAUGGUGGCCAUGGAAUAUGUUUGACAAGGACAAUUCAACUAAGAUAUGCAAGGAUGGUUGCCAAGGCAUUGUGGACACAGGCACUUCUCUGAUCACGGGGCCUAGUGACGAAAUCCAGGCUCUGCAUAAGGCCCUUGGGGCUGAGCACACCUUUGGAGGGCAGUACUUGAUAGAUUGCGACAAGUUGCCUCAGUUACCAGAUGUGACUUUUCAUCUCGCCGGCAAACCCUACACCCUGACCCCAAAGCAAUAUACCCUCCAGGUGGGCAAGGGGGGAAUGACUGCUUGCAUCAGCGGUUUCAUGAGUCUCGAUAUCCCUAAACCUGUUGGCCCGCUCUGGAUCCUGGGUGAUGUUUUCCUCCGAAAGUAUUACUCAGUCUUUGACCGAGACCACGACCGCGUUGGCUUAGCUGUUUCCAAACAAUCCAUAUGUGGCAGCGGUGGU